AUGCUGAACGAUGUGAUAGACCAGGGCCAGGCGCUUGACCUCCAGCCGAAGGAUGAGAUUGCAGUCAUGGCGGGCCGCGCCCUCGAGAUGUACGAAAACUCGAAGUAUGAGGAGGCUCUGGCAAAGAUGGAUGAGCUGGUGAAAAUUUCCCAACGUGACUUUGGUGGUGACGAUGAAAUGACGUUAGAAAUGAAGAACAACCGCUCUGUGAUUCUGGGGGAAAUGAAGAAAGAAGAAUCUGAAUGGAAACGAUUCUUAUUUGGACUCAGGGAAAUGAAUCCCAUCCAGACUUGGUGGGAGAUGAACGUUCAUUGA